GAUAAACUGCACAACUGUUAUUGUUCAACUGUUGCGCCAAGCAAACUUUCCACCUCCGGAAUUUUCCACAAAAAAUAGUGACUCACUUUACCCAAAAUUUUCCCAACAACCAACUACCGUUAAUUAGAUAUAGCGCCCUCAUUGGGGCCAUACGAAUUCGGUCAUAAUAAUAAAACGUACGCGCACGGACGGACGGACGGCCGGGAUCGAUCAUCGAAGGUAAAUUAAAUGUCAAUUUGGUGCAUGGAAACGAGAGACGCUCUUUUGCCCAGUUGGACAAAUUUGUAAGAAUUCUCUGUUUUAUCGAAGGUGAAAUUUAUGUGACAGGAGGUGAUAAGUGUAACCGGCUAGAAAGAUCAUGUCUGGCGCUCAUAAACCUGCGUAGCGUAGCAACGCUACCAAGCAUCAUGUGACCUCCCUUCCCGCCCCUCCCCCACCCCGCCUUCUCGGGGCUCGACUCUCAGGAUGGCGGAGACUGACUCCUACAUCUGGAAGAGCAUCUUCCCCCAGAGCCCUCGCCACCGACCGUGCCACCGCAGCAAGCAGGCAGCCUGCCACUAUGAGGGCCAGAUUUACAUCCAUGGGGGGCGAGAUGGACACCAGACGUUGAAGGACUUUUGGCGGUAUGACAUCGGGAGUAACACCUGGACUAAAAUGGAGUGUGGUGGGGACAGGCCCCCACCCCUGCAGGAACAUACAAUGGUAGCGCAGAGGGGGUGUCUCUUCAUCUUCGGAGGGGAACUAGGCUAUGGCAGCUUUGGAGAGACUCCCCUGUGGAUCUAUAGUAUCUCCCGUCAGACAUGGGAGAAGCCGGUCAUCGAGUCAGAGGUCAAGACCCCUAUUGGGGUCAGGGGUCAUACAGCUGUUGUCUGGCAUGGUGGGAUGCAUGUGUACGGCGGUUAUGUGGAUUUGAAAGGGUCAUCCAGUGAACUUUGGACUCUAGACUUUGAGACAAGAUGGUGGCAUCUAAGCGUUGAUGCCCAAGGAGAGAACUCCCCGCCUCCAAGACAUUGCCAUUCUGCUGUCGUCUAUGAGUCUAGUAUGUGGGUGUAUGGAGGACUGAACAACCUGCAACCACUCCGAGACUUGUGGAAGUGGAGCUUCGCACAGAGAUUCCGGCCUUGUAUGUGCAGGCAGAGAAUGGUGAUCUGGAGUGCUGAACUGGGUGAAUCUCGAGUUUGGACCAGAGUGAAGUCUUACGGGAGUCCUGGAUCGCUUUGCGGCCACAGCGCAGUCCGUGUCGCCAACAGCAUGAUGAUCUUUGGUGGUGAGGGAAAAGAAGACUACAAGAAUGAACUCUGGAAGUUUAAUUUUGAUGCUACCAGCUGGCACAAUGCAACACCCAACCGGAAAAUUACCCCCACCCCGUGUACCCGUCAUGUGAUGUUGUCUAUUCCCAACUUCACCCAUGCUACCUACCUCAACGUCCCCUCACUGGGCGACUUUCGUCCUCACUCUGCACCCAACCGGGCGUAUCCUGACAGGAACCAAGGGGGCGUUGCAUUGACACCCGUUGGACAUAUUGCGCAUCUGUUUGUCAUGCGACCUCAUUCCUCCCCACCGUGUGUCGCAGGGAGCAGUCAUGAGCAGAAAGACAGUGGGUUAUCGCAUCGCUUCCGAAACCGCAUCCAACCUUCACCAACAAACAUCGGUGCCAAGAGGGAGCUAUUUAAAAAACAAGAUGAUACAAACUCAGUACUUAAAACCGAGGGCGAGGAGCUGGUUGCUAUGGCGACCGAUGAUGCAAGAAUCUACAGCGACCCAAAAGCAAAGGAAAACGGGAGGUGGGCCGUCACAUCGCCAGUUGCUGCACCGAAUGAAUACCAAGUCCAACAGGAGGACACGAGUCAUCUUUUGAUCAAUGAGGAAUCUCCGAUUCAUCAUCGACAAGACGGAAGAUGGGCUGAUCAGGAUAAACUGGAUGACACCCUACCCAAUCUUCUCCAGGGAGAUGGGGAAUGGAUCCUGGAGGACUUCAGUGAGCCGAACUCGCCCGUAGCUACCCGGAGACCGUCAGAGAACUUGACAUUGACUUUAACAUCGGACACCAGCUUUGAUAUUCUCUGUACAUCAAAUCCUCUAGAGUGUAUCGAUCGAUUACAUAUCGAUUCGGACAGAAUUUUGUGCAAUAAUGUUUCAUCCCUUUCCACGAAUAAUACCUCGCUGCCAAGUAAUUCUACUUCAUAUUCUAAUAGUUUACAUCAGAGGCUUAAUAACAAUGACUUGUGUGUACAUGCUGAGUGUAAUACCAGUCUCAAAGACAACGAUAUUUAUAAUUGCUAUAGUCUUAUCAAUACAAAAAAUGUUGAGCUUCCGUCCAUACUUGAGCCGGAGAGAAAAGAGGAAAUCUCAGAGAAAAUUCCCCCUCAUAUUGAGGAGGACGUCAUCAAUGUGAAACCAAUACAGGAGAACUUGCCUGAAAAAGAGGAAGGAUCGUCCGAGAAACAAGAGCUGCUGACUUCGCAAACAAAUAUAUUAUCUAGCUACGUGAAUGUCGGCUACGAGUCUUCACGUGAGGAUAUUAGCGAAAGUCCGAGCUCUAAUGGAGUGCAAGACAAACAAUCUGGAGUCACGUUGUAUAAUCAAAACCGAUUGGUCAGAGAUAAUGCAUUCGACCACUCACAGUCGCCGACUCUUAAUGAAAGAGAUGGCCAAUUGGAUUCAGCCAACCCACCUACCAACCAAUCACAAGGAAGGUUAUAUAAGACAAGGAGACCCAGCACCCUAUUGGACCAGAAGCAAGGGUUUAAUGAUCAAAGGUCAAGUACAACCAAUGGGAGGAGAGAUAGCAAGCCCAGGCUACAGGGACGAUCACAAACAUUGAAUAGCCUAAGCUAUCGACAGAAUGAUCAUGAAAUGCCACGGGAUACAACGAGUCUGUUGGUGAAAGAAGACGAAGAAGACCCACAUCUUGAAGAGUAUGAAGAGGAGUUGGAGGUUUGGCAUUGGCCAGUAUUUCUUUACCUUAUGGGUGGUGAAGAGACUGGCUCCUGUAGUCUGCAUCAGAACACCAGCCCUAUGUCAGUGUGGAAAUGCUGCAUCGCCCAAGGAAAACUGACAGACAGUGAGAUCCAGCAAGUCUUAUCCCAGUAUUGAGAGGUAUCAAAUGCAAUUGAUUGAUUCUU